UUUUUUAGUUGUCUGCUGAUCUUGUCAAUAUUAUUAUUUAUUAUUUGGAUUCUGGAUCUGGAAUUUCUGGAUAAAAAUAGCAAACAUUCAAGGAAAAAAAGAAAAAAGACCUGAAUUAUGUCCACUCCUGAAAGCAUUGAUGAAAGUCUUGGGAGGCCAAUCAAGAAGGGCACCCUGAGUGUCAGCCAUAACUGGUACCAAACAGAUAGGAUGGUAUGUAUUGGUGUAUUGGUGAAAAGUAUAAAAGCAGAGUAUUUCAAAGUGAAAAUUGAGGAUGACAAAGUGACAGUGUCUAUUUCCCAUCCAAGUUAUGAAUUCUUUGAACUUACCAUCAAUCUGCUACAUAAAAUACAAAGUGACAAAUCUGACUACAGGUUAUCAGCAGCCAAAAUAGAAGUGAACCUCUUGAAAGUUGAUGGGAUCACAUGGAAAACACUUGAGGCUCCCCCAAAAGAGGAGAAUAUAGAAGCUAUACAAACUGUACCUGGUCCUCAAUUUGAUAAACCUCCAUCUUAUCCCACUUCAAAAAAAGGCAAAGAUUGGUCUCUAAUUGAAAAAGAGAUAAUACAGCAGGAAGCUCAAGAGAAACCUGAAGGAGAGGAAGCAGUUAAUAAAUUAUUUCAAGAAAUUUAUGGGAAGGGUAGUGAUGAGGUUAAAAUGGCAAUGAACAAGAGUUAUAUGGAAAGUGGUGGUACAGUACUGAGUACAAAUUGGAAUGAAAUAUCCAAACAGAAGGUGGAUGUAAAACCUCCAGAUGGCAUGGAAUUUAAGAAGUGGAAUGAUUAAGUGUUUGCAAUUGUAAUAUUACCUAGUUGUUUUCAGAGAGUUUUGGUUAUUUUUAUGAUUCUUUGAGCUAUUUUCUACCUUGAACAAGAGAGAGGAAAGUUCUCUCCUUUUUCAUUUUUCUCUUCAGUGCUACCAAUGUCAAUGUGGUCGCAAAUAUAGAGAGGUCCGAUAAAUCUUUCUUUGUCUAACACCUAGUUAGUCCACUGAAUUAAUUUUUAAUUCAACAGAGUCAAAUUAAUGAUAUUAAGAAAUGAUGUCAAAAUAAGUACAUGAUAUCUGUGAUUUCAUUUCAAAAAUUUGAAAGGCUAUCAGUCAAUGACAAUUAUGACAUAUAGACAUCAAAUCAUUAUAAUCUGAACUAACUGAAUAUCUCACUAGAAAAAGAAUUUGAUUAGUUAGAAUGCAUGUUAGCUGAUUCAGUUCAGUCCAAGUAAAAUAUGUCAGUUCAGAAGGAAAUAAUAUUAUUCACGAUACAAAAUAAGCGUACGCCACCUAUCGGGGUUCUUGAAAGCUGUCAAAACAGCAUGUUUACUUUGUUUUCAUUGGUUCACAUUUGUUUUUUGUUUGUGCAGUGGCGCAGACUAGAGGCUAGAUAAGGAAAUAUUUAUUGCGGUCAGGUUGGUAUCAUUGAAGAUAAAGAUGGAAGAGGAGAGAACUUUCUCUCGUUCAAGGCAUUUAGUUCAAGGUAGAAAAAAACUCAAUUAAGUUUUAUAAAUUCAUUAUUUCAGUUCUUAUUUAAUAUAAUCGUUUUGAAGC